AACAACAUCCACGUAUUAGAUAUUUUGAGCGUUUAUAACAAUGCCAGGUGUUUAAUCAAUUUAUUAUAGUUAAAUAAGCAAAAAGUUUCAAAACAUGAACAUACCGGAACACAGUCGAUUUGCCAUCUAUGCGAUUGGCAUAUUUUUCUCCUACUUUCUGUACGGCAUCGUACAAGAGAAGCUUACUCGUGGACGAUAUGGAGAUGAAGUCCAGCCAGAUGGAGCUGUAGGAGAGCGUUUCACUUUCACACUAGCGCUUGUUUUUGUACAAUGUUUGUGCAAUUAUUUAUUUGCCAAAGGUAUGCUGACAGUGAAGCCACAAAAGGAGGAUACAACGCACUAUGUCCAAUAUGCGGCGUGUUCCUUGACAUAUCUGCUGGCAAUGGUUUCAACAAACAUGGCGCUACGUUGGGUACCUUAUCCCACGGCUGUUGUGGGCAAAUCGGCUAAGCCUAUACCUGUGAUGAUCUUGGGCGUGCUAAUUGGACGCAAAUCGUACAGCUGGACGCGCUAUGCGUGCGUGCUUACUAUUGUGCUGGGAGUUAUACUGUUUAUGUACAAGGAAAGCAAGGUAUCCAACCUACCCAAGGAAACCACUGGCUUGGGCGAGCUGUUGCUGUUUCUGAGCUUGGCUAUGGAUGGCCUAACGGGUGCCAUACAAGAACGUAUGCGUGCAGCAAGCGCGCCUUCCGGUCAGCAGAUGAUGCUGUCCAUGAACUACUGGAGCACAAUAAUGCUAGGCGCAGCUAUGCUCAUAACUGGCGAAGGCAAGGAGUUCGUUCAGUUUGCGUUGAGACAUUCCGAAGUCUGGGUGCAUCUAUCAUUGAUUGCACUUUGCGGUGCAUUGGGACAGUUGUUCAUCUUCCUUAUGGUAGCCGGAUUUGGGCCUUUGGCCUGCUCUGUUGUUACCACCACACGCAAGUUCUUCACCGUGCUCUGCUCCGUGUUGUUGUUUGGCAAUGUAUUAAUUGCUCGCCAGUGGUUUGGCGCUGUCUUGGUCUUUGCAGCGCUAUUCACGGACAUGAUGUACGGCAAGAAGCCAAAUACGCCCAGCAAGAAAGCUGGUGGCGAUGCCAAACUGAAAGAGGAGCAAAAGAAACUGAUUUCGUAGAAUUUAUUACCUGUGUAGCUUUAUUUGCAUUGCAAAUAGCCUGUAGUUUUAAUUAGUCUGUGCUGCAAAUCGUACAAAAUUUUAAUUUUUGUUUUUUUAAACGCUUAGCAAACACUCCAUUUCAGUUUGAUCU